CUCCAGCUCUGCGCGGCAGGCGACUAGUCCAGCCCGCGCGGUUCUGGGCGGAGAGUCAGGGGGAGCAGCCCGCGGAGCAGGCGGCUACCUGACAGCUCUGAGCCCAGCGGUGGCGUCAGCAGCUAGGAGGGAAGCGGCGACUCCGAGGUACGAGGUCCUGCCCUGACCACUGCUGCCCUUCAGGACACUGGCUCUGAGCCACAGCUGGGCCAUCAACUGCUGUCAAGGGUGGGGCUCUGGCGACUAGUGCUGUUCCUCAUGAGUCCAGCCUGGGGCUCCACCUGGCAUCCAGCACGGCCACGUCUCAGGGUCUGAAAAGAUUUGGAGAAAUUGAUAAACCUGGAUGGCUACCCCUGACCAGAAAGUGGUUUCUAGGCCCCAGAGACCUGCCCAGGGACCGAAGGGGAAUGGGGCCUGCCUGGGCCCCCUGGACAGCCUGGAGUGUAUGGAGACACAGGAGAUGGUGCUGGCAGAGGUAGCCAUGCUGAGGAAGGCACAGGAAUUCUUCCAGACGUGUGAUGCCGAGGGCAAGGGCUUUAUCGCCAGGAGGGAUAUGCAGAAGCUCCAUAAAGAGUUGCCCCUCAGCCUGGAGGACUUGGAGGAUGUGUUUGAUGCCCUGGAUGCUGAUGGCAAUGGCUUUCUGACUCCAGAGGAGUUCACCACUGGGUUCAGUCAUUUCUUCUUCAGCCAGAGCAAGCCAAGUCAGGGAGAUGCAAGUGAACAGGUGGCCCCACUCCAGGAGGAGAAGGUGUAUCAGUCCAGAGCGGAGGAGGAUCUGGGUGACCUGGAUGAAGAUGAAGAAGCCCAGUUCCAGAUGCUGAUGGACAAACUUGGAGCCCAAAAUGUUUUGGAAGAUGAAAGUGAUGUCAAGCAACUCUGGCUGCAGCUGAAGAAGGAUGAGCCUCACUUACUGUCCAAUUUCGAGGAUUUCCUGACCAGAAUCUUCUCCCAGCUCCAAGAAGCCCACGAGGAGAAGAACGAACUGGAGUGUGCCCUGAGAAAGAAAAUUGCUGCUUAUGAUGAAGAAAUCCAGCAUCUCUAUGAGGAGAUGGAGCAGCAAAUCAAAAGUGAGAAGGAGCGGUUUCUCUUGAAGGACACAGAGCGCUUUCAGGCCCGCAGUCAGGAGCUGGAGCAGAAGCUGCUGUCUAAGGAGCAGGAGCUGGAGCAGCUCUCCCAGAAGCAGAAGCGGCUGGAGGGCCAGUGCACAGCCCUGCAUAAUGACAAGCAUGAAACCAAAGCGGAGAAUACCAAGCUGAAACUCACCAACCAGGAGCUGGCCCGGGAGCUGGAGCGCACCUCCCGGGAAUUGCAGGAUGCCCAGCAGCAGCUGGAAAGCCUCCAGCAAGAGGCCUGCAAACUCCACCAGGAGAAGGAGAUGGAAGUGUACCGCGUGACGGAGAGUCUGCAGCGGGAGAAGUUGGGGCUCCUGAAGCAACUGGAUUUCCUGAGGGAAAGGAACAAGCACCUCCGGGAUGAAAGGGACAUAUGCUUUCAGAAAGAUAAGGCAGCCAAAGCAAACACAGCUGCUGCCAAGGCAAGCUGGAAACAGAGAUCUGGCUCUGUGAUAGGCAAAUAUAUGGACGGCAGAGGGAUCCUUAGAAGCCAGUCAGAGGAGGAGGAGGAUGUGUUUGGCAUGCUGAGGAGGAGAAGCUCCCUGGGCCUGAGUGGGUAUCCCCUUCCAGAAGAGGAGCCAGGAACCAGGGAGCCAGGGGCUGAGGGUCCACGCCCCCGGGCACUCCGCAGAAUCAUCUCCAUUGAAGAAGACCCCCUGCCCCAGCUCCUGGAUGGCAGCUUUGAGCGGCCGCUGAGCAAAUGCCCAGAAGAGGAGGAGGUCUCCAACCAGGGGGUGGAAGGACAAAGCCAGCAGGCCCAACCUUCUCAGGGGGAACUCGUGCCCACAUCUCCCCGAGGGCAGCCUGUUGGGAAAGAAGCUCUGUCUAAGGAGGAAGGCUCUCUCUCCACCCCAGACCGGCUCUUCAAGAUUGUGUUUGUGGGCAACUCCGCCGUAGGGAAGACAUCCUUCCUGAGAAGAUUCUGUGAUGACCGGUUCUCCCCGGGCAUGACAGCCACUGUGGAUGGGUCUCCUCCCACCUGCUUCAGGGUGCCAUUCUUACUGCUGGGCCUGUUCCUAUGGUGUUUCCACAUCUGGAAUAUCCUCCUGUCCCUCCCUUCUGCUCCAUUUCACCCCAAAACUGAGAGCACCUCAAGAUGAAGAAUUUGGACCCUGAAGGGAAGAAGAGCAGAGUCUGUGAACUCAUCCCAGAAGAGUCUGGCCUUGUCUGCCCUGGAGAAAAGUGACUGGGAGUGAGCCAGGUGCACUGAGCUCAGGAGUGAGCAUGGUGACACAGGAAGCAAUGGCUGAGGAGGUGGACUGAAUUCCUGGGAGAUCAUUCAGUGGGGUGGGCCCCGACAAGCCAUGGCUCAAGCACAGACCAUGAGAGGCAGGAGGACAGAUUCCAAGUGUUUAGGUGCCUCUCCUGUUGAAAUCAGGGAAUCAGGGUUCGUUUACAUUUCCAACUUGUGUCCCUAAGAUGCAAGUCUCUAAAAAGAGAAAACCAGACUAAUUUGCACUUCCCAGGGGGCCAAUUAUGGAAACACCUACAAGUUAGGUGCAGGAACUGCAGCUCAAAUUAGUGUUCCAGCUACACAGCAGGCCUUGCUCUGGUGCACCUGUCAGUAGGCACAGUCAUAGAAGCCACCUGACAAAUGCUUCUGUAAAAGGACAGAAGAGCCACAGAGUCCUGGCCCUGGAGGGCCAAAGCGGACCAACCCUAGAUUGGAGCUCUAGCCAACCACCUGUCCAGGGCAGCAGCCCCUGAACCAUGAACACAGUACAAACAGGGACUCAGCAGCCCCUUAAAGCUUAUCUCCAUCAUCAAAGGGGACUUCCUGGCUUCCCACUGCCUCAAGGGACCAUGACUGGUACUCAACUCCUGGCUUGCACGUAAUGUGAGUUCUACAGUACAACAAUGUGACUUGAGCACCUGCCUGCACCACCUUAGCACCACAUGAUUCCUUUACAAGCAGGUGUUUGGGCCUUGUGGUUGUCAAAGGAUGGUCUCUUAGAACAUCAGAGCUCAUUUUGUAAAUAAAUGAAAAGACUGAUUAUUAAAGGCAAAGGCUCCCUAGAACCCAGGACUCCAAGUCCAAUGUUUUUCUACUGCCCCACAUUGAGUCACCGCUCCUGCUUUUCCCAACAGACUGCACUCUGCUCUUUCUUGGCCACCAGUUGGGUUUCUAUCCCCCUCCCCAUCUCUACAGAGAAAUCCCUAGUUGUCCCCAUGACAACUUGCAGACACCCCCACUCCCACAUCCGUCUUGCUGUAAAUGACAGCUUGGUCCUGUCUUGUCACCCUUUCUGGAGUCCAUCAACCAGCUCUAACUCAUUACCAUCCCACAACAUAACACACUUCACAGCCACAGAGGUUCCAGCUUUCCAGCCAGCAUUAAGGAACCAGUUAGGUUGCAAGUUGAAGGUCACCUCCAUGUGUUCAUUGAAUGCUACAGCUGAACAGAUCCUGAGCACCAACUUACCCCUCCACACCCUCCAUCACACCUCAAUUUACAGGUGAGGACAGUGAAACUCCCCCCAAAUGAGAUGAAGCACUGUCAUCAAGAUCACAUAGCUGGUCAAAGGCAGGACUAAGACACGAACACAACAUGGUAGCCUGGCUCCUGGGGUGUUAGAGCUGGUUAUGGUCUUAGAAGUCAGUGUAGUUCAGGCCCUCAGGUCCCAUGUUAUUGUGUAGCCUCUUCUAUUGGAAUUGACUCCUUGUGUCUCUACCUUCCCUCGACUCUCCCUCCCAUGGACUUAUCUGCUUCCUGGGCCUGCCUGUCUGAGGCUGCAGAAAGAAGCACCAGUACCUGGCAGGGACUCUCACCAAGCUCACCACAGCACAGAACCUGUUUUUUUACCAGCACUCCUUGGUCCACCUCACUCUCUGCAAGAUAAGCAUCCUGUCCUCCAGCAAAGCAAUCAGCCAAUGAGGUAGAGCUCAAUCAUAAAGAGCUGAGACCUGUCUGCCCCUCUGCCUUCAAGCCUUUCUUUCCACCAAGAAGAAGGCUCUGUCCUUGGGCUUCCCACCCUGGGCUGGCUGGUUUCAGAUUAGGCCCUGGAAGUGUGUUGACAGUGCUGGCAUUCUCCUGAGUUGUUGCCAGAAAGUAGGCAGCCCCUUCAGUCUCCCAGAGUAUACACUGGGGAAACACUUCCACUUUUGGCUAAGAAGAAAGCUCACCUGGAUUCAGCUCCCGGUCAGUUGUAAUCCAUUUGGAUGGAAACACUUAGCCCUGGACUUUCCAGAUGAAAUGAAGCUGCCAGGUGUUUCUGUGCCCAGGAUACUGGUGAAAAAAGAAGAAUGAGCCUCAGAGCUGGGUUUGCAGCACACUGCACCUGAUGAGCAUGGGGGAGGCAUGCCAUCUCUGGAUUCUUGUUUCUUUAUCUCUCAUUGGUGUGGUGGGUGGGGUGGUGUGCAUAUACAUAUCUGUAUGCAUGUGUAUGUAUGUGCAUGAGUAUGUGUCACCGGGGGAGCACUGUGAUGAUGGAGAGAUAGCAUAUGAAAGUUAGAAAUAUCAAGCAUUCUACCAAUGGGUGAAAUCACUCUUUUCUCUACCUAGAAAAUGUACUGCUCCCUCUGCCCUCAUCUGCAAAGCACAGGGCCUCUAGAGUCAUUCUAGGGGUGACGACUCUCCCUCCUCUCCCCCACGCACGUGUCCAUAAUGCACUGGCCUUUGCCUGGGGACAGUGGCUGGGAUGAUCUUUUCCAUUGACUGCCUCUUUGUUGUCUGUUUUGUCACUUCUAUCUUUUCCAUGCAAGCUGCUAUUGCUGUCCUCCCUGAGCCCUCCAUGGUGAGGACCUUAGAAGCUGGGCCCUUUUGGAGGUGGUAUAGGAUGCCCUCUGUUUCCAAGAUUUGAUACCUUAAGAGGGAAAGACUUUUUGAACCUCAUUAAGCAUUUGUGAACAUUCUUAAAUGAUGGCGAGAGAGGAAUGUCUGUUAUCAAAGAACUUCUGAGGGCUGCUGUGGGCUCAGAAUGUGUGUACCUGAGCUUGCUCUCUCUCUCUGUGGUCCAUGACUUCAAGUGGGAUUGCAGCGUCAGAGAGACCAUUGCGAGUGGUCCAGUGGCUGGGAUUAGGAGUUCUGAUGUUGCCUCCAGGGUGAAUGCUGCCUUUGAUUCCCUCCUUCACCCUCUUCUCUUGUAGCCUUUCCCCCACCUGCCACACCUGCCUGUCCUCCUGCUCCCCCUGUUCCUCCUCUGGCUCUGUCACAUACAUUUGUAGUGGCUGAUGGAAGUCUGAAAGUAUGAUCCAUACCCAGGGAUAUUUGAACUUUAUUAGGGGAACAUUGAAA